GCAAACUCGCGGAAAAUCUCCCAAAAUUCUGCAAACCAUUUGAUCACCGAUACACUUCGGAAGGGAGACGAUGAUGAUUUUAAGGACAAUGAUUCUGGAUCUGGAGUAAUUGUUUACGAUGACCUCAACCAACCUCAUCUAGUUGAACCUGAACCUCAGGAGCAGCACUUCCCGUUCAAGGAGCAGCUUAACAACACCAGCUUGAACUUCAAAAAGAGCUUGGAGUUAAAAAAUGGUGUUUUGGAUCCUAAACAUGAUUCCAUCAUGGCAAAAUAUAAUGUUCAGAAUACCCUUUACCAUCAUACUAGUCUUUCUACUUUCUCCAGACGUACAGAGGAUUACAGUCUUCGUGUUCCAGAUGGACUUGACGCAGAAGAUCCUUAUGCUAGUGUGGGAGGAGCUAGAGAAGAAUAUAAUGAUGAAUCCAAUUAUGAAACUGUUGAGCAGAAUUAUGAAAUAAUAAGUGUGUCCAGGAAGUACAAGGAAACUGACCGGAGUAUGAGUAGCGGUACAAGCUCAGCUUCACAGGCGACUGUUCUCCAUGCAGGGUCGGACCAGGAUGUACAGGCCCUGUAUGCCCGGGUGGAUAUGAGUAAAAAGCAGAAGAACCGGAAUAGUGAUAGUUCACUUUCCCCAGGCUCUGACUUUAGCCCGGGGGAGGGAAUCAACGACACUAAAUCAUUAAUCACAGAAUCCAGAUUCCUGAUUAACGAUCCUAGAUCGCUUAUCAACGACACCAGGUCUUUAGUCACCGAAAAUAGGCUUCAAAUCAACGACAAUAGUGGUAGUUUACAGAACCCAAGAUCGCUGAUCACCGACACUCGGUCGUAUAUGAACGACUCAAGAAGUAGGGUCACCGACACUUCUCCCCGGAUGCCCGACACUACUCCCACAAACUCGGACAUGAGUCCCACAAAACUGUUGAUAAACAAGUUCAACAAUAUCUCUGAUGUAUCUCCAGAUGUUGGUUUUGUAAAACCUUUAAAACACUCCGCUAGUGAUGAGAGAAUACCUUCCUACUCUAAACCCUACCUGGAGUCUGGAUCAUUUACUCUCAACAAACCUAUACCUAGAGGGGCCAACCCAGGCAGUAUAAGGGGCACCCAGGGGCCUCCACUUAGUUUCAGGGGCUCACAGGUGACCCCUAAUCCGAAUGCGAAUAUUCCUAAACCUCUCCCUAGAACAGUUCAUUCAUUUGCAAAAUCUCAGAGUUUGUUCACGGAACAAUCUCUGAAACCCUCAAAGGUUCAUCAAAUGGUCUCAUCUAAUCCAUUUAUGAGGUCUGAUGAGAGUGAGAUUGAAAGGGUUGGGUUACCAGGAACUAGUAUACUUAAACGAAACUGUGAUAGGAAUGGAUGGCAAACAGCAAAUAUUUGACAGGACGUUCAGUCCUCCUUAGAGCAUGGAGGACAGGACGUUCAGUCCUCCCUAGAGAAUGGAGGACAGGACGUUCAGUCCUCCCUAGAGCAUGGAGGACAGGACCUUCAGUCCUCUCUAGCCGACGGAGGACAAGAAAACAGUGUUCUGGGACCGACUAAACCCCCGAAACUCCAAAUGAAUGGGACGAUCAGUGAAUCAAAAUCGCACAGCAGCAAGCUAACUGCAAUAUCAAAUAACUCAGAAAGGACGAGUUUCUCAGAAAGGACAAGUUUCUCAGAAAGGCCAAGUUUCUCAGAAAGGCGGGACGAACAGGAACGACAGGACAGAACUGAGAAUUUAAAAAAUAUCAGAAAUUUCUCAACGCUUCGUGAAACCCUACUUUAAUCAUGUUUGCAUAGAAAAAUGUUUAAACCCCCAAUUUCUGAAGAAAAUUUGUUCUAUAUUCUCAUGAGGAAUAUUUUUAGGAAUAUCACUGAUUUGAAUAAUUCCAAUUGUUCAAAGGAACGAACUGAUAGUCAUCAUGCCAAGUGUGGCCCUUUAUUUAAGAAAAAAUAAGUGGCAUGUCCGGUUCACAGUGGUAAUCCAUAGCGAUUUAGAUAUUGUUGUUUUCUUCGGAGAAAACUGUCAAAUUCUGUUAAUUUCCUUCUUGGUUUCUGCAGCAAGAAAUCCAAAAUUUACUUAUUUUAAAUCAAUCAAUUUUAAGCCAUGAAAAUAGAACAUUCAUCCUUGAUUAGAGAAAGAUGAAAGGGUACCGUUGUGAAUCAGAUAUACUACUUUAAGCGUAGGGAAUCUUUAAAUUAUGUCUACAGUAGUUCUGCUUUUUUUAUAAAAACAGAAUUAUUAAUUUAAAAAUGAUAAUUGUUCAGAUAAUUAAUUGACAAUAACUAAGUUACAAAGCAAAGAACAAAGUGUAAUAACUAGAUUUUGCAGAAUAAAUUUCCCUCCACAUAACUGUUUAAUGACAAAAGUUAAAUCCUUUCAGAAUAAAAUUUAAAUAAAAUUUUAAUUUAAUGGGAAAUUUGAAAGUUUCUCUCAUUGACUUACCCCCUGUAAACCUGAACUAUAGUUUUGAAUAUUGUAAACAUAUCAAUUAAUUUGGGUUGAAUUAGAUUAAAAAUGUUUUGAUCAAUAUGAAUUAAAUUCAUAAGAUUAGACGAUAAAUUUGAUAAAUUUGAUAAAAACAUGUCAACUGCU